AUGAUUCGGAACGGUACAGUUGAUAAUCCAUCAGGGUCGUCAUCAUCAUUUAGCCAUACCAAUGGUAAUAGUAGUGAACAGCAGUCUAAAUAUAGGGGUGUAAGAAAACGUAAAUGGGGUAAAUGGGUAUCGGAAAUUCGACUACCAAAUAGUCGAGAAAGAAUUUGGUUAGGUUCUCAUGAUACACCGGAGAAAGCAGCUAGAGCUUUUGACGCUGCGCAGUUUUGUCUUCGUGGUCAAGGAGCUAAAUUCAAUUUCCCUGACAAUCCUCCGAAUAUUCAAGGUGCUAGCUCGUUGUCUCGAGCUGAAAUUCAAGAAGUUGCUGCUAAGUACGCGAAUGAAGAAGAACAAGAACAUAAUGAAGAUACAAAUAGGUUUGGGAAUCAACAUACUAAUGAUAAUAAUGUUCAUAUGGAUUUGGAACUCUUGGAUUUAUUGUCAGUUUCCAGGGGUACGGAUAAUACGUUGAGUACGGCUAAUGGUGUGUUGGAUUUUGGAGUUUUUUCCGAUGUUAAUGAUUUUCCGGGGGAGUUUUUGCCAUUAUCACCGCAACUUGAGUUUGUGGGUGAUUACGAAGAUGAAAAUGAUGGUGGAGUUUUUAGUCACCACUCAUCUCUUUGGAAUUUUUAAAACAAUUAACCAACUCGGGCGAGUUUUAGUAUGCCGAGUUAACGAUUUUCACGUAGGAGUUUGUUAAUUUGCAUCAGUAGUGACUCUGGAUGGCUCCUUUUUGUGCCAUCCUUGA